AUGUGCUACAAGUUCCAGUUCUGUUUGUUUUUCCUGGCCGACAUUCUGGCCGACAUGAACGACCUCAACCGCUGCUUCCAGAGGCGUGAGCUGGAUGUGACUGAGAUUUCGAAGACUAUUGAGUCCACCACGAGUGACCUGACGGAGCGCUACUUGACGACAAACAAACCGUUCGGGGGCGAGGGCAAGAGCUGGCUGGUAAACUUCCUCAAGGUCCACAAGGAGGGUGGAGGCAAGCAGGUCCGGGUUCGAGGCGUGGACGGAGAGGGACGCCCAAUCAACCACCUCUACACCAUGCAUGAGAGGAAGCUGAAGGGCCACAAGCAGGGAAGCACCUACGCAGACUGCGUGAAGCUGUGCCGCCAAUUUGCCCCAGACUGCGUGGACAACCUGAACGAACGGCUGGAUGACCUUGGGAAGCUGGGCCCGACGAAGCUGUUCCGGGCGGGGAAGUGGCCGAAGAUCAAGGCCCAGCGAGAGAAGAAGUGCAAGGAGUGGCUGCACGGAUGCAGCAGGCUCUUCCGCCACAAGCUGCCGGGAUUCGACCUCAAAGCAGCAGAGAGGGAGCUCCCGACAUUCUGCGCGAUCAUGGAGUCACACCAUGAGAUGGAGAGCUUCGCCCAGGGCCUUCACAACUUUCUUGGGAGCGUAGACUCAAAGAGGGUCCUGCUCCCUCAGCCUACUGCUGUGGACUCUGGAGCUGAGACUGCUGGUGCUGAGCCUGGGGGUGCUGAGACAGAGGGUGAGGGUUCUGGGGGUGCUGCGACUGGGGGUGCUGCGACUGGGGGUGCUGGUUCUAGGGGUGCUGCGACAGGGGGUGCUGGUUCUUGGGGUGCUGCGACUGGGGGUGCUGACUCUGGGGGUCCUGCGAGUCCUAGUGGCGGUGGAGGUGUGGGUGACCCUGCUGGAGGUCCUGGAGCUGAACAGUCACCGCAGCCUGACCUACUUGAGACGCUCUCGUCGCAGGCGAUUCGUGCGUGGAUCGUUCGGCGAGGCAGUCCUGGUGGUGGAUGGUACGGUCCUGCUGGUGCUGAAGCUACUAGUCCUGGAGGUACUGCUGGUGCUGGAGGUACUGGAGGUACUGCUGGUGCUAGAGGUGCUGCUGAUGCUGGAGGUACUAGAGGUGCUGCUGGUGCUGGAGGUGCCGGAGCUACUAGUCCUAGAGGUGCUACUGGUGCUGGAGGUGCUGGAUCUACUAGUCCUGGAGGUACAGCUGGUGCUGCUGGUGCUGGAGGUGCUGCUGGUGCUAGAGGCGCUGGAGCUGGAGGUACUGGAGGUGCUGGAGCUGCCGGAGCUGGUGGUGAUGUUCGUGCUGGAGGUGCUACUGGAGCUGCUGGCAGUGGAGAUAUUGGAGGUCCUGCUGGUGCUGGAGGUGAUGGAGCUGCCGAAGCAGGUGGUACUGCUGGUGUUGGAGGUGCUGGAGGUGCUACUAGAGCUGCUGGCACUGGAGGUGCUAGAGGUACUGCUGGUGCUGGAGGCACUGGAGCUGGAGGUACUGGAGGUACUGGGGGUGCUGGAGCUGCUGGUCCUGGAAGUGCUCGUACUAGAGGUACUGGAGCUGCCGGAGCAGGUGCUGCUGCUGGUGCUGGAGGUGCUGGAGGUGCUACUGGAGCUACUGGCACUGGAGGUGCUGGAGGUACUUCUGGGGCUAGAGGUCCUGGCGCUGCCGGAGCUAGUGUUUCUGCUGGUGCUGGAGGUGCUGGAGGUGCUGCUGGAGCUGCUGGUGCUGGAGGUGAUGGUGCUGCUAGUGCUGGAGGAGCUGGAGCUUCUGGUACUGCCCUGCGCAUACCGUUUUUCUACCCGUAG